AUGCCGCUAUAUCGGCAUCCCGCGGGGAUCCAAGGCCAACUCCACACCUCCCGCUUCCCCGCUUCUUCCUCAGCUCUUCUACCUGCCAGCUUCUUCACUUCACACCACGUCUCAUACCUCCCUCUCUUACAUCAAGUGCUCUUCGAAGAAAUCAGCAGAAUGGAACCCAGAGACGCCUCCCACGCUGGUUCGUGGUAUUCAGAUAGCCAACGCACCCUGAGCCGUCAGCUGGAUCAAUGGCUGGCCCAAGUCCCCGAUCAGAUUGAAGGCCUUGGAUCCAUGCCCAUUCCCGGCGCACGAAUCAUCAUUGCUCCGUAUGGCUACGACAUGUCGUCUUCUGGAUACUCUGCUGACUUUCUAGCCAUGCCGGCUACGCAUACUCAGGUCCCUGCGCAGCUUAUGCCUACAAAGCGUUGGAUUUGUCGAAAGCGUAAGAACCCCAAACCGUCGUCCUUCACGACCACGACUUACGGGAUACUUCCUAUAUGCAGUAAACGAAUCUUUAUUCUCGGACCGUCGCACCACCACUACCUGUCCACCCUGGCUCUUCCAGAGCUUACAUCCUACUCUACCCCGCUCUCCGAUGACCCCCUCCCUCUGGACACCGAGUUGAUCAAUAAACUCCUCGCCACCAAGGCAACCAGACCCAACGGGUCCUCCGUCGGUUUCACGACCAUGUCUCGCUCCAUCGAUGAGGACGAACACAGUAUCGAGCUUCAUCUCCCCUACAUCCAUCGACGGCUGCAACUGCAGUACCCGGAUAAGCCGACCUCCGAGUACCCGCCGCUCGUACCGAUCAUGGUCGGGAGCACGUCCGCGUCGACUGAGAACGCCUUUGGGGCUCUUCUCGCGCCGUAUCUCGAGGACCCGUCUAACGCAUUUGUCAUCAGCUCGGACUUCUGCCACUGGGGCUCCCGUUUUCGGUACACUUACUACGUCCCGCAGGCCCCCAAGCCUGGACCGCGAUUGCCGCUCUCUGCCGAGGAUCUCCCGCAGCCCGGCGAUGAAGCGAAGGAGGUGGAGGAAAAGGUGGAGAUGGUCUCGGCGGGCCAAAGCCUCCAGCGCGGAGACCGGAUCUCCAGCAGAGAGCCGGCUAUCCACGAGAGUAUCUCGGCCUUUGACAUCGCAACGAUGGCUGCCAUCACUACGGGGACUACGUCCAAGUUCCUGGAUAUACUCCAGAAGACCGGGAACACGGUUUGCGGGCGUCACCCCAUUGGCGUGAUCAUGGCCGCUAUUGAGAGUGUUACGAGCCAGGAGGAGAGUAAGAAGGGAAGAUUCCAUUUCAUCCGGUAUGAAAGAAGCUCCGAUGCAGUCGAUGUGACGGAUAGCUCGGUGAGCUAUGUGUCUGCCGUUGCUGUGCUGUAG